AUGGCCAGUCAUAUCAUUGGAAACCGCAACAGCACCCCAGAGGCCUCCAAGUCGUCCCUGCGGCCGCCGUCGUCGUCCCGGAACUUGGGCGGCUCUCACCAGCUGCGAGCGUCUGCGGACAUGUCUGGCUUUCCUUCCCCUCUCUCCACUCGCAAUAUGCGCCCUUCCUCCGAAGUCUUCUUCAACCAACAAUCCCAGGGUCAGGGCAACAUGGAAGAUCCUCUCGAUCGUGCCGCUCAGCAGUGGAUCGCCGACAUCGAUCAGUACGAGACCACACUCGAGGAAAUGGCUGCGGCCACCCUCGACCAGGACUUCAAGGACGAACUCAGCGCGAUCGAGCAGUGGUUCCGCGUCUUGAGUGAAGCGGAGAGGACUGCGGCUCUGUAUGCUCUCCUUCAGCAGACUACCCAGGUCCAGAUCCGUUUCUUCAUCCAAGUCCUGCAACAGAUGGCCAAGAACCACCCCAUGUCGGGAGUCUUGUCCCCUGCCAAUUUCGGGGAGAAAGACCCCAUGUCCAACCGCCUCAGCGAUGCGAUGUCCAAAUUGAACAUCGACAGCUCGCGUAACUCCAUUGGCCGUCCUCCGCCAUCUCCUGGUGCGAAGCGGAAUUCAGGCCUCGAUUCGAACACCAUCAGUGCCAUGUUCCCCGACGCCGCUGCAGCGAUUGCCCAGAAGAAAGCCGAAUACACCCAGCAGACCGGCAAUGCCCCUGGCUCGAACGCCAACAGUUCGUCUGUCUUUGGGGAUCGUUCAUCCCUCGUUGCACCAACCAUUUCAGCUCCAGACAGCAACAAGGACAGCCUGAGUCAGCCACCUUCAUCGCCAUGGUCUCAGCGCACUCCGGAACCUCAACAACCCCCGAUCGCUCGUCCCAAGUCGUCCUCGGGGCAGCCGCAGCCACAACAGCAGCAGCAGCCGAUGGGCCAGUUCAGUCAGCCCUCUGCGUCCUCUGGACUUCGUUCGCCGCGGCCUGGCCAAGUGUCGGGAUCCUCGAAUGUGCAGAGCACGACCAUCACCGCUCCCGAGAUCUCUCAUGAUGCUCCGCUCCUGUCCCCGUACAACGUGGGAAAUGCUAGUUGGGCUUCGCUGGCGAAUACGCCAAUGACGGCAACGUUUAACACGCAGCAGCAGCAACAACAGCAACAGAACACGGCAGCUUCCCAAGCAGAUAUGGUGGCCAAUGCGACGGCCAUGAAGUUGGCGGCGUUGUCGACGGUGAACAACCGCAUUGCGCUGGAUGACGCUCGCAAGUACCGCCGGGCUCGGUCGAAUGAUGGACACGGGAAGAACUCGAAUUCGGGCCAUGUCUCGUCUGGAGUGUCACAGCCCAAUGUUCCCGGCGCAAACCUGGUCAUGGUCAACGAUGCAGGCCAGGUGCUGAACGCGCAGCAGAUUGCCGCUCUCCAAGCUCAGCAGCAAGCCGCCCUGGCCGGCCGGCGUUCUCGCCCCAACUCGCCGGGCAUUGCUCUGCAGGCGCCGUUGGGACAGAUGGGAUUCACAUCGCCGCAGAACAACGGCUUUCUUACAGCGUAUGACCCGAACAACCCUCUCUUGGGUAAUGGACUGGGGUCUCUUGGGCUGGGCCAAUUCGGUCUUGGAGGUCAUGAAGGCUAUCUGUCCGACCACUCCGAGGUGACGCGGGGACGCUCUCCUCGAGGUCGGCGUGGAAGCUCGAAGCCUCCAGAGGACCCGACGGACCCGAACCUUCUGAAGGAUAUUCCGGCAUGGCUGAGGUCUCUACGGCUGCACAAGUACACCGAGAACCUCAAGGAUCUCAAGUGGACGGAGUUGAUUGAACUGGACGACAAGGGAUUGGAGGAACGUGGUGUGAAUGCACUUGGUGCUAGGAACAAGAUGCUCAAGGUUUUCGACCAGGUUAAAGAAGCCAAGAAGGAAGGCAAGCUCGACAGUGCUCUGUGA